AGUCUACCAAUGGUUUACAUAUGGAAGAUUUAAGGAAAUUAGAAAGUAGAUUACUUCAGCUUUUAAGUUGUGUUUUUUAUUUCUGUGAGCAGUGUUGCAAUAGAUUAUUACAGCUUUUUAGGCAGUAGAUUAUUACAGCUUUUUAGUUAUUUAUUUUUCUUAUUUCUAUGUAGCAGUUGUUGCAGUAAGGAGGUUAUUCCUCCACUUUCUCAUUUCAGUUGUAGUAGGAAGUUACUUCCUUGUUUUUAGAUGGGUGGUUAAUCCACUAGUGUUGUAUUUAGUGUUAUUUUCAUUCAGUGAAAUGAUAAGCAGAAAAUUAGUCAAGUUUUUGAGUACUUCAAAUUCAAGAGAUCGCAGGUUUUCUCUUAACGAACCAGCACCAUAGGUAGAAAAAAGAAAACUUCAGAAUUUAUUUUGCAGGGUCCCAUAACUAGAUCCAUAACCCGGGACCAUAACAUGUAUGUUCAGUAAUGCCUUGUCAACUGGACUGGUGUCAACUGAAUCCCAAUGGCUGGGCAUUUUGGAGCAUAAAACACGACGAUGAGUUGCAGUACCAGCAAACAAUCUCUGCUGCUGAUUCUGUUGUUUCCACCUCUGCAAUGAUUAAAUUGAGGAUCAAAUCUCUUAUGGCGAAAAUGUUGAUUCCACAUAUUUCUCUGGUUCAAUUCUGGUCACCCAUCCAGGUCAAUGGAUCGACUUUCCUGUCCACUGUGGAUCAACUAUUUGUUUUCAAUAAGGAACUUGAUACGAGGCUUUCUUCAUACAGGAGGCUCUGUCUCAAUACUUUGAUUCCCAUUGACUACUACAAGGAAGCUCUAGUUUCCCCCCCUGUGCGAGUUUUCAGAAGAUGGUUGCCAGAAUAUAACCCCAACGUCAAAAGCUACUCCGCUGCAGAGUUUCCACUGCUUCAAACUGCAAUUCGCUUGGGAUUACAUUCUUAUUAUGCAUUUCCACUCCUCAAACUCCUUGAUCAGCGGUGCCUUGGUAUAUUUGAGAUUGUAUCUACACAACCAUCUCUCCGUCUUCCCAACCUUAUUAAGGGGUUGAAUUUUGAAUCAGUUGGAUUGUACAUUCCUAACCCAAUAAACAUACUUCUUGGACUUUUAGAGGUAGAUUGUUGUUGCCUUCUUUAUUUUGGCGAAUCUAAACAAAAUAAAUGAAAGUACAUUCCUAAUUUCAUAGCUUAUGUUAUCAUUUUUAUAGCAGCCGGUUGAAGAAAGACUUGACGAAAUAGAGGGGUUAUGUGAGAUCCUUGAAAGACUUGGUUUACUCUUUGCUCAAAUUUGGAUUCCUUUUUCUCCAUCUGCCUCUUUAAAAGUCU